UUCAAGUUCGUGUAGGAAGAGAAAGUUAAUUCAAAGAAACAGCCAGACAAGCUUCCUUCUUCUGUAGGAAUAACUAUUAUCCCCUUUCACCAUGGCCUACCUGGGAACCCACUUUGCCUUCAGAUCCCGCAGGCAGAAGACCAAUGAUGAGCUCCGUCGGCAUAGCAUGUCCUUUAUUCUUCACAAAGCUAUUUGCAAUGACUUCUUUCAGAGCUAUCUCUACCUGCUGGAAAAUAUUCCCCUGGUGAAAUUGUAUGCUUUAACAAGUCAAGUCAUCAAUGGUGAGAUGCACUUCUAUGCCAGAGCUAAACUCUUCUACCAAGAAGUACCAGCUACAGAAGAGGGUAUGAUGGGAAAUUUCAUCGAACUGUCCAACCCAGAUAUCCAGGCCUCUCGGGAAUUUCUUAGGAAAUUCGUUGGGGGGCCUGGGAGAGCUGAGACAGACUGUGCCCUGGAUUGCGGCUCUGGGAUAGGAAGGGUCAGCACGCAUGUCCUGUUGCUGGUUUUCAACACUGUGGAACUUGUGGACAUGAUGGAAUCGUUCCUCCUCAUGGCACAGAACUACCUGCAGGUCAGAGGGGACAAGGUAGAAACCUACCACUGCUACAGUCUGAAGGAAUUCACACCCCCACUGGGGAGAUAUGAUGCCAUCUGGAUUCAGUGGGUCUCUGGUCACCUGUUGGUUAAAGACCUUCUUGCAUUUCUUUCCCGGUGCCGACAUGGCCUGAAAGAAAACGGCAUCAUCAUACUGAAGGACAGUGUGGCUCAGGUGGGCUGCAUCUUCCAUCUUGUGACUCGGGAUAUGGACAUCCUCCAGAGCCUCAUUAGGAAGAGCGGGCUAGUGGUGCUGGGCCAGGAGAAGCAGGACGGCUUUCCAGAGCAGUGCAUCCCAGUGUGGAUGUUUGCACUGCAUAGCGAUGGACACUCCUGA